CUUUCUUGACUUUACAGAGUUUGAUGAAGAAAAAGGCCCAACUAAGGGCAAUGUUUACCAGCUCUGAAUGGGAGGAGUGCAAAUGGUCAAAGAUUGUUAAAAGGAAAAAAGCCUAUGCUACUGUGACGAGCAUUGCUUUUUGGAAUGGUGUGACUAUAUGCCUUAAAGUUUUUGCACCUUUGGUGAAGGUGCUUCGAAUUGUUGAUGCGGAUAGAAAGCCUUCUAUGGGCUUUUUAUGUGGAGAGAUUAAGCAAGCAAAGGAAGAUAUUAAGGAGGCCUUAAAUAAUCUUGAAAAGAACUAUAAGCCUAUUAUGGAGAUUAUUGAAGUAAGGGUAAAAGAUAGGCUAGAUAGUCCACUACAUUUUGUAGCUUACCUUUUGAAUCCCUACUACUUUUUCAAGGAUAUGGAUAUACAACUUGAUAAUGAAGUGAUAGAUGGGCUUUUUAACUGUGUGGAGAUGUUUUAUCAUUAUGAUGGUGAAUUGCAAGGCCAUGUUAUAAAUGUUGAGUUGCCAAAGUAUACUCGUAAAAAUGGAGCUUUUGGAAAAUCAUGGGCAACUCAAGGGUGUGCGAAAAAUGAUGAUAAUUAUAAUCCAGUUACAUGGUGGAUGACUUAUGGAAAUCAAACUCCAAACUUGCAACGAAUGGCGAAAAAGAUUCUCUCGUUAACCACUAGUUCAUCCGGUUGUGAAAGAAAUUAGAGCACUUUUGAAGGGGUUAGUGUAUAUAUGAAUUAUAUUUAUUUACUAUCAAUUAGUUAUCCUUAUUCAGUUAUCAUUUAUAUUGAUAUUGCUUUUAUUUUAUUUAUGUAGAUACAUACGAAGAAAAGAAAUAGACUAGACGUGAAUCGAUUGAACAAUCUAGUCUAUGUUCAAUUUAAUGCGAAAUUGAUGAACAAGCACAAAAGGGAGAAGGAAAUAAAUGUUGAUGUGCUACUUGCUAGUGAUGCUAGUAAUGCACAAGGAUGAUCGUUGAUGGAGAAGAUGAUGAAGAAGUUGAGCCUGGUACGGGGCUCACUUGGGAAGUGGUUGGUGAAGCAUCGGGAGCAGACGAGAUGCUUCAAGCUCGAAGAAGUUCUAGGAUGAGAGAGCUUCAUGAAGAUGAUUUUCAAUCAGAAGAAGAAGAUGAGCAAGAAAUCAAUGAAUUUGAUUUUGAGUCCGAUGAAGAUCGUGUAUUUGAAGAAUAUGGAGAGGAAGAAGACCAAUUAGAUAGUUAGACUUAUAUUCUUCGGAUAUGGUUUAUGUUGUAUUAUUGCUACUUCUACCUUCUUGAACUUAUAACUAAUAUAAUAGUUUAUUUUCUGAGUCUUAAUUCCAUUAUUUCACUUGUCUUUUCAACUUUGAUUUACCUGAAAAUAAUAUCAAAUUACAUCAAAAG